GCGGGCGCAACCGCACUAGAGGGAAAGUCAAGUCGUGCUGGACUGGCGCGGUAUCCUCUCACGGUUUACAAGUAAAGCAAGAGCGGACUCGCAUUUUAUCAAGCUUUGAAAAUGAUGGAAUAUGCUGAUUUUAAAAGUUGACCUGGGAUUUCUAGUUGUCAGGUGUCGAGGCAUGGCUUUUCUUGUAACUUGCUUAUUUUUGUCUUGUUACAGUGCUAGCAGUGUUUGGGGAAAUCAGCACAGUGAGACCAGUAUAUAUUUGGAUAACAUCACGCGUAUAUUGGAUAGAUUACUGGAUGGCUAUGACAACAGACUGCGACCUGGAUUUGGAGGUCCAGUUACAGAGGUCAAAACUGACAUCUUUGUCACCAGCUUUGGACCUGUUUCAGAUGUUGAGAUGGAAUACACCAUGGAUGUGUUCUUUCGUCAGACGUGGAUUGACGAACGACUAAAAUUUGAGGGCCCCAUUGAGAUCCUGCGGCUCAACAACUUGAUGGUCAGCAAGAUCUGGACACCGGACACAUUUUUCCGCAAUGGCAAGAGGUCGAUCUCUCACAACAUGACUACCCCCAACAAGCUGUUCCGCAUCAUGCAGAACGGAACUAUCCUCUACACCAUGAGAUUAACUAUAAAUGCAGAGUGCCCCAUGCGUCUGAUGAACUUCCCCAUGGACGGCCAUGCCUGCCCACUUAAGUUUGGGAGUUAUGCUUACCCCAUCAGUGAAAUUGUGUACACAUGGAAGAAAGGUCCUCUGUCGUCUGUUGAAGUGCCACAAGAAUCAUCCAGUUUGCUGCAGUAUGACCUUAUUGGUCAGACAGUUUCCAGUGAGAGACUAAAAUCCAAUACAGGUGAAUAUGUCAUUAUGACCGUUCAUUUUCACCUGCAAAGGAAAAUGGGCUUCUUCUUGAUUCAGACUUACAUUCCCUGUAUCAUGACUGUCAUCCUGGCCCAAGUCUCAUUCUGGAUUAAUAAGGAAUCAGUUCCAGCUCGGACUGUGUUCGGUAUCACCACUGUCUUGACGAUGACAACGCUCAGCAUCAGUGCCCGCCACUCACUCCCUAAAGUCUCCUAUGCCACAGCCAUGGAUUGGUUCAUUGCUGUUUGCUUUGCCUUUGUCUUCUCCGCCCUGAUUGAGUUUGCCGCCGUCAACUACUUCUCCACCUUACAGGCCAACAGGGAGCACCGGAAAGCAGCGGCCAUGAAGGCAGCAGCUCAGGAGGCAGCAACUGCGGCCGCUGCUCCCGCUGUGACCGCAGGGAAUGACGUAGAGGUGUCCUCAGUGGAUGCCAGUAGUGUGCUUAAGAAGAGGAUGAACUCCACCCCGAUGUUUGAGCGCCCUGCCAAGACAUUUCCCAACCCACCGGUCAAUGCCCAAGCAUUCCUCCAGCAAGGUUCGGCUGUACCGGCCAACAAUGUUCUGACUGGCACCAGCAUCAUCGACAAAUACUCACGCAUCCUUUUCCCCCUUUCGUUUGGCGCCUUCAACCUGGUCUACUGGAUUGUCUAUCUUACCAAGGACACAAUGGAGAUGUCCAGGGAUACCAUCUAGGCCUAGUGUUUGUUCUUCUGGAUGGCACACACACACUUACAUGCAUACAUUUACAUUUAUAUGUAUCAGCCACAACCUUAAAACCAGCGACCGUUGAAGUGAACAACAUUGAUCAGUUCAUUUAAAUGCAGCACUCUUCUGGGAAACCUUGGGCUCUGACAUUCAUAUGGAUUUUACUUUGACUUGAACUGCUUACCUAACCUUUGUUCCCGACUAAGCACACCCCACCAUUGCAACAACAUUCCCCAACAACUGCAACCUUCCCAAGCUGUAUAAUUUACCCCCGUGAUAUAAAAACUCCUCAGGAAUGGGUGAAGAACACAACAAAGACAAAAGUUCCCAGAUACUUAUCUGAUGAUGAAUCAGUGGAAUUCUCCAGAAUGAGCCACAAAUUCACAGGAGAUACACUCUAAAGAAGCCAGGCACCAGAGGACACCCAGCCUCAGACACCCCAUGUCCAUAUCUGGACAGGUUAGAUUUGCUUUUGCAGAUCAAGUGGAACCCAGUGCUAGGCAAUUAGAUUCAUUGUUAUGGCUAAUCUGAUAUAAAUUUAAGAGGCACAAACAAAAAGUUCCACUUCUCCAUAAAAAAGCAAAACCUAGUUAAGUAAGUUAUUAAGUUCUUUUGAUGUUUUGCACUACUUACAAUGCUCCUACUCCAUUUAUCAUAUCAAGUAGCCAACUCAUGUAGGUAAGUAAUAAUGGUGGUAAGUGACAAAAAACUGCUAUGUACACAUUGCAACACAAGCCGGAUUAUUUGUGCCAAAUGCUUCCCCUUAAACACUUCAGAAUGUAAGCGAAAAGUCUGAACCUGGAGUUACACAGUACAUGAAACAAAAGAUAACCAUGACUCUGGUCAUGCUCCUGACCUGAUGUACCACCUAUUUGGACAUUAUAUUCCCUUCUACUACUGACUGCUGCUUAGUCACUUGGCUCUAUCUGACCCAUCUCUAAUCAUUGUUAUUUACAUUUUGAACAGAUCUAGUUCCUUAAUCCAGAAAGAAUACCACAGGAGAUUGAGAUAUUAAUUGUAGGAUAUGUUUACCUGGCUGCAGAACUAGGGCAGCCACACAUCUAUAAGUUAUAAAAGUUAUAAGUUAUUUUUGAACUGCCAAAAAUAUUAUGCUUAUCCAUUUAUUCAGAUAAAAUAUUUUCUAAUUUAAUAUCAGCUCACUGACUUUUAUAUGGCUGCAAAUACAAGCAAACAUAGUAUAGAAAGACUCCAGAUAAAGGCUUCAAGGCUACCUGUAGACUUUCUUCUUUAUCUUGCAAAUCACAAUCGCUAACAUUAACCCAUUGAACCCUUCCUAAUAGCAAAGCAGAUAUAAUCUAAAAAUAUAAUAUAGAGUAAGUUUGCCACUAAACUUCGUCUAUAAGUUACACGACAAAAGCAAAAAUAUAUUUAAAAAAACAAACAAACAAACAAAAAAAGCAGGUUGCCGGAUUCUAGUGCUGGAGAAGAUCGAACAUUUAUGGGGAGAUUCACCACAUAGAGCAAUCUGAUCACUUAAUAAACUGGAUUUUCACACAAAGAAAAAAAAUACUUGCCAAGCUCUCUUUUUGCCACCUCAGUGCAUUGUAUUUCAUUUUAUCUUGUUGCAUGGAAAGCAAGUGCUUUGAGAGCAGAUGUACCUGAUCCUUUUGCCAACUUGACCAGGCAACUCAAAGCCAUAUGAGCUCCAGAGCCCCAUGCUCUGGUAUAAUUUAAAGCAGAAACUACAUCUCUCUACCACUCUUUUUCAUUCAUUUCAAAUCUCUGAGAUAUAAAAAAAAAUUACCCAUUAGUAAUAGCUGGGGUAGGACCUACUUUGGGAGAGCAAGAGCUAAAGCAUCCACAAAGAUCCACUUUGUUGUAUGUAUUGAUUUUCUGUGUGCAUGCAAUUCACAUGCAGUUCCAGACAUCAGAAUGAUAUUGCAUCUGUGGUUAAAAUGACACAUUUCCUGCUUCAAUAUUUAGAACACAUGUAAGGGAAUAAGUGUACUUGUCCUGAUACUGCAUCCAUUGUGACUGAGUGACUGAAUUGCAGGAACUCUCUCACUGCCAGCUCUACUUUCCACUAUUCAUUUUUUCCCUUCCAACACUCUAUUUUUUGGUUCAUUGGCUUAAUUUCCCUCUGCUGGAGUAUAGAGGAUGUGAAGAAAAAUCUUCAAAGGGUUUAGAUGGUGUGUUCCACAGAUUCAUUGGCUGCACUGAAUAUUUAGUGUCACAUGCAGAUGCAGAUGGAAAAAACGUGUGCAUACAGUUACUAGAGGGUUAAAAACAUCCACGCAUACCACUUAUUUACACUUUAUGUUUGUUACGAUUUGGGGGUCAAAUUAUAUAUC